AUGUCCAACUCAAACAAGAGCAAAAAGGACAAAGAAAUCCUCGCUGAGUACGAGAGCCAAGUGAAAGAUGUGCGGAUGCAGUUGGUUGAGCAGCAGAGAUGUCUGGAGCAGCAGACGGAGAUGCGGGUCCAGCUGCUCCAGGACUUGCAGGACUUCUUCAGGAAGAAGGCCGAGAUCGAGACGGAAUAUUCCAGAAACCUGGAGAAGCUGGCGGAGAGGUUCAUGGCUAAGACACGCAGCACCAAGGACCACCAGCAAUACAAAAAGGACCAGAACCUUCUAUCUCCGGUGAACUGUUGGUACUUGCUGCUGAACCAGGUGAGGAGGGAAAGUAAGGACCACGCCACCCUCAGCGACCUCUACCUGAACAACGUCAUCACCCGCCUCACGCACAUCAGCGAGGACUCAGCCCGGCUGCUCAAAAGGAGUAAAGAGAUCACCUUUCAGCUUCAGGAAGAUCUGAUGAAGCUGCUGAAUGAGCUUUACACCGUGAUGAAGACGUACCACAUGUACCACGCGGAGACGAUCAACGCAGAGACCAAGCUGAGGGAGGCGGAGCGCCAGGAGGGACGCAUUAAGGGUGUGUCGGGAACAGCCGGCGGGGGAGAGCCGGUGUUCGGCCUGCGGAUAGAGGAGCGCCACCAGAGACGCAAUGCUGCCCGCAAGAUGGAGAAGAUGAGGGAGAAAAGGAAGGCGAAGUACUCAGAGAAUAAACUUAAGACUCUGAAGGCCAGGAACGAGUACCUGCUCACUCUGGAGGCAACCAAUGCCGCUGUGUUCAAAUACUACAUCCAUGACCUUCCCGACAUUAUAGACUGUUGUGACCUAGGGUACCACUCCAGUCUGAGCCGGGCUCUGAGGACCUACCUGUCAGCGGAGUUGAGCCUCGAAGCCUCCAGGAGGGCAGGCCUGGAGGUGCUGGAGGGGGCCGUGGAGGGCCUGGACCCUGCCCGAGAUAGGCAGCGUCUGCUGGGCCUCUACCCUACCGCGUUCUGCCCCCCAGCCCGCUUCGGCUUCCAGGCCCACAUGGGCGACACAGUGACCCAGAUUGCGACCCAACCACAGGUCCAGGCCGAACUCACGCUCCGCCUGACACAACUCCAGACUCGACUCGCCUCUCUAAAGAUAGAGAACGAAGAGGUUAAGAAGACAUGGGGUGCAACUCUGACCACACUCCAGGACAUGACAGUGCUGGAUGACUAUGACGUGUCCCAGAGCUUCACGCACAGUCCCUCCUCCGAGUCGGUCAAGUCCAGCGUGUCAGAUGGCUAUUUAAACAAACCCAGUCUGGCCAAGAGACGGGCCAAUCAGCAAGAGACGGAGCUCUUCUACUUUACCAAGUUCCGUGAGUAUCUGGAGGGCAGUAACCUCAUCUCUAAACUCCAGGCCAAGCAAGACAUACUGAAGAAAGCCAUAGCAGAAGGGUACAAGGCUGACAUGCUAACUACCAGCCGUGGGCGGAAGAACUCCCAUAGCAAGCACCAGGACUCAACUAAAGCCAUACCUUUGCUUGUGGAGAGCUGUAUUCGCUACAUUAACCUGCAUGGUCUCCAGCAUCAAGGCAUAUUCCGGGUGUCGGGGUCACAAGUGGAGGUCAACGACAUCAAGAACUCCUUUGAGAGAGGUAAUGAUCCGCUUAUUGAUGAGGAGAGCAACCACGACAUCAACUCAGUGGCUGGAGUGUUGAAGCUCUACUUCAGGGGGUUGGAAAACCCCCUGUUCCCCAGGGAUCGGUUUAAUGACCUCCUAUCCUGCGUCCGUAUAGAGAACCUGUAUGACAGAGCGCAGUGCGUCCGAAAGAUUCUGCUGGGUGUCCCGCGGGCGACGCUGGUGGUGAUGCGUUAUCUGUUUGCCUUCCUCAACCACCUAUCCCAGUACAGCGAUGAAAACAUGAUGGAUGCCGGGAACCUCGCCAUCGUGUUCGGCCCCACCUUGCUGCCCACGCCGGACACGCUGGACCAGGUUGCUUGUCAGGCCCACGUUAAUGAGAUCAUCAAAACCGUCAUCCUCCAUCACGACAACAUCUUCCCAGACACCAAGGAGCUGCCCGGGCCCGUCUAUGAGAAGUGCAUGACUGGAGACCAGUACUGCGAGAGUCCGUUCAGCGAGCCGGGUGCCCUGGAGGAGGCGGAGCCUGACGGCGGCACCGAGACCCAAACCAGCGAGGAGGAGGGGGAGGCAAUGGAGGCCGUGGCGAGGUUCGACUACGUGGGUCGAUCGGGCCGGGAGCUCUCCUUCAAGAAGGGUGCGUCCCUGCAGCUCUUCCAGCGGGCGUCACAUGACUGGUGGGAGGGGCGUCACAACGGCACCCACGGCUUGGUGCCACACCAGUAUAUCGUGCUGAAGGACAGGGCUGACGCCAUGUCGGACACGUUGAGCCAGAAGGCAGACAGCGACGGAGGGAGCAGCAGCACAGAGGACAAGUGGUCCAGAAGUGAACUGAGCUCCCCUACAGACAUCAGACCGCCAGAGACCUACAACAGGUCCGUCAUCCACCGGCGGAAACGAACGGACGGCUUGUUCCGCCGUCCACUCGGCCGCUCCAACGACAACCACUGCCACGGGAAUGGGGGCGUGCUGGAGAGGAGCUCGCCGCCCGUCACCGGUCACUUUAGCCCCCGUGAGCUGCUGCUGGGACGGGGCCAGGGCCUAACCCCGCCCCUUGACAGCCCGGAGCGCCGACGCCGCUCCGCUGCUGCGGUGACCAUGACGGUUAGCCGACACGAUUCGCUGCGGAGGCCCGAGGACACGCCCAUCCGCCGCUCCAGUAGCGGUCAACAUGGCUUUGCCGACCCCCAUCGUUCCAGAGCGCUGGACCCCGACACACUAGUGCAGGACAUAGAGGAGACGGUGACGGUUGCUCUCGGAGAGCUGCGGCAGCUGGAGCGGCAGGGCUGCAGACCAGCGCCGGACGUGGUGCUGGACACUCUGGAGCAGGUGAAGAACGGCCCGGUCACCACAUGCUCUUCCGAGUCGCCCAGCCCCCACAGCACCCCCAGCACGCCAGGCACGCCCGGCACUCCGGGGACCCCGGGCACACCCGGCACCCCUAGUCCCCUCAGCCCCCUGAGCCCGAUCAGCCCCCUUCCCGGACCCCCUCCCGGACCGCCAAGGCCAGCCAACCCUUCCCCAGACACCUUGGGUUCCUUUAAGCCUGUUGCGGCCGCCCGUAUGGGAGCCCCUUUACGCCCCCCUGCACUGAGGCCUAAACCCAUGGUCCCGCCGAAGAGCAGCACCCCCCCGCUGCCUCCACCACUGGACAAAUCUUGCACCAUGUGA